GGCCGGGGGCUCCGUCACGUGACGGGGGCGGCCGCGUGGGCCGCGCUCUGCCGGGUCGCGAGCCGCGCUCAUGUCGCGACUGAUCGUGAAGAAUCUCCCGAAUGGGAUGAAGGAGGAGCGCUUCCGGGAGCUGUUCUCCGCCUUCGGCUCGCUCACCGACUGCAGCCUCAAGUUCACCAAGGAUGGAAAAUUCCGCAAGUUCGGCUUCAUCGGCUUCCGGUCGGAAGAGGAGGCCCGGGCGGCCCUGGGCCACUUCAACAGGAGCUUCGUCGACACCGCCAGGAUCACGGUGGAGUUCUGCAAGUCGUUCGGGGACCCGACCAAGCCCAGAGCCUGGAGCAAGCAUUCCCAGAAAGCCACACCACCCGCCGCCCCGCCGCAGAAGCCGGAGGGAGGCGGCGGGGCCCCGGCCAGCACCGAGGACAAGAAGAAGAAACGACAGGCCACCGUUGGAGAGUUGGCCAAGCUCAAGGAGGAUGCGGAGUUCCAGGAGUUCCUGAUGGUCCACCAGAAGCGAGGGCAGGUGGCCACGUGGGCCAACGAUGCCGAGGACAAGGCGCCCCAGAAGAGGAAGCCCAAGCCGGCAAACGACUAUCUGAACUUCGACUCCGACUCAGAGGACGAGAGCGCAGAGGACAGCGAGGAGGAGGCCGAAAGAGAAGCCGCCGAUUCAAAGGCAGCGGUGCAGACGGAGCUGUCCGACAUGGAUUACCUCAGGUCCAAAGUCGUGAGCGCCGGCCCGGUGGCGGAGGAGGAGGACGACGACGAGAGCCCGGACGAGGACGAGGCCGCGGCCCCCGGCGAGCGGAGGGACGGCCGUCCGGCGGCGGGGGGCCGGUCCCGGAAGGGAGGGCCGGGCCAGGAGCGGCAGGAUGCUGCCGGAACGCAGCCGGUGGACCCGGAGAGACCGCCGGAAGGCGGCGUGCCCCCCACCCACACGGUGAAGCUCCGGGGGACCCCCUUCAACGUCUCAGAGCAAAACGUGCGGGAAUUCCUGGUGCCCCUGAAGCCGGUGGCCAUCCGGAUAGUCAAGAACGAACACGGGAAAAAGACGGGUUAUGUCUUCGUGGACCUGAAGAGUGAAGCGGACGUGCGGACGGCCUUGAAGCGCAACAAGGACUACAUGGGCGGGCGCUACAUCGAGGUGUUCCGGGAGAAGCCGCCCGCCGGGGCCGGUGGCCCCCGGAAAGAGCCCGCCAAGGUCUGGCAGGGGAGGAAGCUGAAGGAGGACGAGGAGGAGGAAGACCUGGCGGAUUCCGGGCGCCUCUUCGUCCGGAACCUGCCCUAUUCCAGCACCGAGGAAGAUCUGGAGAAGGUCUUCUCCCAGUACGGCCCCCUGUCGGAGCUCCACUUCCCCGUGGACAGCCUGACCAAGAAGCCCAAGGGCUUCGCUUUCGUCACGUACGUUUUCCCGGAGCACGCGAUCGAGGCCUACUCCGCUGUCGACGGACAGGUGUUCCAGGGCCGGAUGCUGCACGUCCUGCCCUCCACCAUCAAGAAGGAGGCCGAGGAGAGCCCCGACACGCCUGGCUCCUCUUCCUAUAAGAAGAAGAAAGCAGCCAAGGACAAGGCCAACAGCUCCAGCUCUCACAACUGGAACACGCUCUUCAUGGGGCCCAACGCGGUGGCCGACGCCGUGGCCACCAAAUAUAAUGCCACAAAGAGCCAAGUGUUUGACCACGAGACGAAGGGCAGCGUGGCGGUGCGAGUGGCCCUGGGGGAGACGCAGCUGGUCCAGGAGCUGCGCCGGUUCCUGCUGGACCACGGAGUCUGCCUGGAUUCCUUCAGCCAGGCGGCCGCGGAGCGGAGCAAGUCGGUGAUGCUGGUGAAGAACCUCCCGGCGGGCACCCGGGCGACGGAGCUGGAGGAGAUCUUCGGCCGCUUCGGUGGGCUGGGCCGCGUCCUGCUGCCCGACGGGGGCGUCACCGCCAUCGUGGAGUUCCUGGAGCCGGCCCAGGCUCGCAGGGCCUUCACCCACCUGGCCUAUUCCAAGUUUCACCACGUCCCCCUGUACCUGGAAUGGGCCCCCAUGGGCAUCUUCGGCAGCUCGGACCCCCAGAAGGAAGCGCCCCCGGAGGGUCCGGCCGGGGAGGAGAACGCCCGGGCCGAAGCGGGAGCCGGCCAUGAGACCGAGGGACCAGAUGGUCUCCCUGGGGAGGAGGCAGAGGCGGAGAAGGAGGAGGAGGAGGAGGAAGAGGAGGACGAGGAGGACGAGGACGAGAAUCUCCCGGGAUGCACCCUCUUCAUCAAAAACCUCAACUUCUCCACGACAGAGGAAACACUGAAAGAAGCCUUUUCCAAAGCGGGAGCCGUGAGGACCUGUUCCAUCUCCAAGAAGACGAACAGAGCAGGGACGCAGCAUUCCCUGGGCUUCGGCUUCGUGGGAUACCGGAGACCCGAGCAGGCCCAGAAGGCCCUCCGGCAGCUCCAGGGCUGCCUGGUGGACGGACACAAGGUGGAGGUGAAGAUCUCGGAGCGGGCCAUCAAGACGGCCGUGACCUCUGCCCGCAAGAAGCAGAAACCCGCGAAGCAGAAAACGGCCAAGAUCCUCGUCCGCAACAUCCCCUUCCAAGCGACCGUCCGGGAAAUCCGGGAGCUGUUCAGCACUUUCGGCGAGCUGAAGACGGUCCGUCUGCCAAAGAAGAUGAGCGGGACUGGUCCACACCGAGGGUUUGGCUUCGUGGAUUUCGUAACCAAGCGGGACGCUAAGAAAGCGUUCACCGCCCUGUGCCACAGCACCCAUCUGUACGGGCGCCGGCUGGUGUUGGAGUGGGCCGACACCGACGAGUCCGUGGCGGCUCUGAGGCGGAAGACGGCCGAGCGCUUUCAUGACGCCCCAGCCAAGAAGAAGCAGCGGCCACAGGCCCUGGACGACUUCCUGGAGCAGCUGGACAAGGAGGCCAGCGACGUCGAACUGUAGCGUGGCCGGUGGUCGGCCCGGCCGAACGGAUGCCCGCUCGGAACUCCCUGCCGUGGUGUUCACGCCAAAGGCCCCGCUCCGAGCUGCUGCUGCGGGACAGACUUUACCGAGGAGGAAGAGAAGGAAGAGAGCAGCUUCCGUUGCCCAACUCGGUUCCCACGCACCGGCCCCACAAGUCCCGGAGGGCCAGCCGCCAUCUCCCCAACCCCUGCACCGGCCCGGCAGUGGACAGGCUGCAGACCCGGCCUCCGGACCGGCUGCCCGCCGGACGGGGCGUGACCCACCUGGGAGUUGGGGCGCGGUUCUUGUGCCUCGCCCGGUGGCAUCCCAUUCCUUGCCCCAGAGGACUUCUUGGCCUGGUUUGGGGGCACUCCAGACCACACGGGAUCACCGCGGCGAAGUCUGGCGCCGUUUGCGGUCGCGGACCCUGACGGCUGGGUGGGCGGCCUGUGAACUGUGGGGUCGUCUCUCCAUCUUGGGGGCUUUCCAAGAGGAGCAGGAGGAGGGUGGAGUCACUGGAGGGUGGUCCUGCUGGGCCGAGCCCCCACCGGAGCCUCUCUCCCCACCUGCCUCUCCCCACUCACCGUUCCCUCCCCGCAACUCUCUUGGCCCUCUGCGCAGGAGGAGGCUUCGCUUCCAGCCAGGACGUCGGCUGCAUAUCUCCACGUCCCUCACCUCCCCCCAGCCCCCAGCCUCCCCCCCUCUGUGCCCCUCUCCCCCAGGCCCCCCGGGAAUCCCUGCCUUCCGGAAUACGCGCUGUAGGACAGCAAACGGCAGCAGAUUACACGUGUCGCCUGGAAACGCU